UUAGGCUUCGCCUCGUCCCCGUUCUCCCCUCCGUAUUGCUGAGGCUUCUGAGGUUGAUGAGGCUCCUGGUACUCCUGAGGCUUCGUACGAAUCUCUAUUCGCACGCCAAUAGGCUGCCGUUGCGGUUGAGCCUGAGCCUGAGGUUUGUAUUGAGGCUGCGGUUGAUAUUGCACCUUUUGAUGGGGCUGGGGUUGAGAUGGAGGCGUUUGCGGUUGGUAUUGGGGUUGAUACUGGGGCUCGUAUUGAGGUUGUGAUUGAUAUUGGGGCUUUUGAUGAGGUUGCGGUUGAUACUGCGGCUUUGGAUGAGGUUGAGGUUUUUGUUGUGGCGGUGAUGGGGGGGAUUGGGGCGAUUGGUCUCUUUUGGCCCAUGCGGGUAGCUCUUCCUGGUUCCAGGCCUUCUUGAUUUGCCAUGGCUUGGGGCAU